CACACACACACACUUGCUUUCACUUUGCUUCGUCUGGCUCUGUGCGCUGAACGUUCUGAGGGACUAUUCUGGUUUAAUCUUAAACUCUGAUGCAUCUGUUUACCUGAAACUGGAAUUUGGACUGAGAUCAAAGAGAUGGAAGUGUGGCUACUUUACAGCUUUGCCUUCUUCAUUGCUCCUUUUGUCUGCGGUUUCAAUCUGGAUACGGAAAAUCCCAGAAUAUUCCCGUCUCCUCAGGAUGGCUCAGCAUUUGGCCACCGAGUUUGUCCCUUUGGGUCUAAGCCAGGCGACAGUGUGCUAGUGACGGACCCUCUCUACGGUAAUGGGACCGGUGGGGUGUUCAGGUGUUUCUAUGGCGAUGGCCGGUGUGAGGCUGUCCAUGUGGACGUCCAUCAAGGCUCUGCGUUCGGCCUCUCUCUCAGCUGCAGUGACCAACGGGCAGUGGUGUGUGGUCCUCAUUUGGUGCAGAAGUGUGAGGGGUUUAACUAUCUGAAUGGGAUUUGUGCCGAGUUUAAUCCUGACAUCAGUCUGUCUCAAACAGUCAGACCUUCUUUCCAGGAAUGUCAUGUGAUCCUGCCGAUGGACGCUGUGAUCCUGUUUGACGACUCAUUAAGUAUUACAAACGAAGAUUUCAAAAGAAUGAUUCAGUUCAUUAAGGACAUAAUUAAGGCUUUUAUUGAAGAUGAUCGAGCGCAGGUGGGCGUGGCUAAGUUCUCCACACACGUUUCUGCAGUCUUCAACUUUGAGAAUUACGCGUUAAAACGAAACGUAGAUGAACUAAUGAAAGACGUUUCACACUCUAAAGGACAGACAUACACUACCUCCGCCAUCCGCUAUGUACUAAACAGUAUGUUUCAGGAAAGUGUGGGGAUGAGGAACAAAUCUCAGAAGUUGCUGGUUGUGAUCACUGAUGGAAAAUCCAACGACAAAGACCCGCUGGACACUGUAAUCUCUCAGGCCAAGAAGCGAGGAAUCACCAGAUUCGCCAUCGGGGUAGGCCAUCAGUACUCUCGUGAUGAGCUGGAGGAGAUAGCUUCAUCUAAUGACUUUGUGUUUACAACAGCAAGCUUUAGUGCUCUCGCCAACAUCCUCAAAGAACUGACGCAGAAGAUUUUCGCUAUUGAAGGUGCGGAUGUGGGGAAGUCUUUCCAGCUGGAGCUGUCACAGGGAGGAUUCAGCGUCGCUCUGUCUGGGGAGGUAAGUGUGUUCGGAGCGGUCGGAGCAUUUUCCUGGUCCGGUGGUUUGGAGAAGCGCCUCCAUCUGAACGCCUCCUUCAUCAAUGCCUCAAAACUACAGGAGGACAUGACGAACUCUUACCUGGGUUACUCGGUUACCGUGGCGACAGUGGAGGGCAGCGUUGUUUACUUUGCUGGAGCUCCCAGACACAAACACAUAGGCAUGGUGUUGGGUUUCAGCCGUAACCAAGACAACGACACCUGGAUGGUCACUCACAGAGCUGACGGGUCUCAGUUAGGGUCGUAUUUUGGAGCCGAGCUGUGUGUGUUAGAUGGCUUGUUAGCGGUUGGUGCUCCGCUUUUCUAUGCUGCUGGAGUCGGGGGGGAGGUCACCAUAUACUCACUCAGCACUGCGGCUCUGAACAGGUCAGGUGUGCUGCGCGGAGCACCAGGCGGCUCUUUCGGGCGCUUCGGUUCGGCCCUGGCAGCCCUUCAGGACCUGAAUGGAGAUGGUCUGUGGGAGCUUGGGGUGGGCGCUCCGCAUGAGGAGGGGGGCAAGGGGGCAGUUUACAUCUUUCUGAGCCAACCAGGGGGCAUCAGGACGAAACACAGCCAGAGAGUGCGUGGGGCUGCUGUGGGUGCAGGUUUGAAGUAUUUUGGAGUUUCUCUUCACUCUGCAGUAGAUCUGAGUUCAGAUGGUCUGCCUGAUAUAGUGGUGGGAUCCAAAGGGGCUGCUUCAGUGGUGAGGACACAACCGGUCAUCUGUGCUAAUGUGUCCAUUACUCUGGAUCCACCAAUCAUAUCGCAGAACUACUUCCACUGCUCUGCCCCCCACGGGCUCAACACGCCUAUCGCCAAUGCAGUCGUGUGUGUCAACAUAACCAAGGUUUCCGUGGGAACCAUACGUGCUCCUCUCAGUGCUAAUGUGUCUAUAAAUCUGGAGCUGGACCCUGGUCCCUGGCCCCGCCUACUCCUCUCCCCCAAAUCCAGCACCUCCAUCUGGAGCUCCAGAGUCAGCAGUGUCUGCAGCACCCACUCCAUCACUAUACCGAGGUGCAUAUCAGAUUACCGUGAAGUUCCGCUGUCUAUAAAGCUGACGGUUGUGGGAGACGCUGUGGAAGGAACAGCAGGCCUGAAACCCGUCCAACACCCUGACUGUACACACACUUUCAAACCCAUGGUCUUACUGGAGAAAGUGUGUGGAGAGGAUCAUGUCUGCAGGUCUGAUCUGAACGUGUCUCUCGGAUUCAGCCGGAAUAUGGUGGUGAACAUUCAGGACUUCCCUAUGAAUCUCUCAGUGGUGGUGAUUAACAACGGAGAGGACGCAACAGACACGGAGCUUCUCUUUCAUCAUCCCUCCAUCUUCUCCUUCACCCGGGUCACAGUGCUGGAGUCCAGUGGCCAUGCGUGGUGUGUGUCUAAUGAAACAGGGCUAAUGAACGUCACUCAAACUACCUGCAAGCUCGGCGUCGCCGUCUUCAGACAGAAAGCCAAGGCCGUGUUGAACCUGACCUUCCGAGUGUCCGACCCGUCAGCUCUGGGUGACCAACUGACCGUGAACGCAUCUGUCAUGAGUAAAAACGAAAAUAAUGGGAGUCUCCAUGACAACGCCGCCACCGUGUCCGUGCCGGUUAAACAACUCGUGAACUUUCAGCUGGAAAAUGAUGGAUCCACACAGUAUAUCAGAUACGAUCAGAGCUCCUUAAUCAAUCACACGUUUAAGCUGGUGAAUCUGGGCGAGUUGUCCAUCCCCGUCUCUGUGCAGUUCGUGUUGCCGUUGGAGAUGAGCUCAGGGUUUUUAUGGGAUGUUUCUCCUCCUGCUUUUAACGGUUCUGGAGUGAAGUGUAACAUUCCGGACACGCCCAGGAACAACCGGUCACUCCACACGCAGUACUGUAACGGCUCCAGCUGCCGACUGUUUAACUGCAGCGUCCAGCUGUUAUCCAGCAACCAGCCAAUCAGCUUCCAGUUCAGAGGUCAUAUAAAGAGUCAGACGAAGGUGAGUGGAGUGCAGGUAUCUGUAGUGAGCUGGGGAUUUGUGUCGUUUGAUGAACAUCGUUACACUCAGUUUCUCAAUGAAGAAGCUCUGCAGCACUCGAUAGUGACGGAGGUGGAGUCUCCAUCACAGGCUCAGACGGUUCUGAUUGCCUGUCUGUCCAUCUUCUUUGGGUUAUUAGUGAUGGCCGUAAUCUUCUACCUGCUGUACAGGGUUGGGUUCCUCAAGUCUAAGUCUCAAAUUCCUGAUCAGCAGGGGGCAGAGACAGCGGCGCCUUCCGGUGGUGAAGGCGGUAACACACCAGCCGACUGCCCCACGACUGAGACUGUAGCGGACGAGGAAGCUCAGGAAGCAGCAGCACCAUCUCCUCAAACAGCAGAGGGCAACCAGGACGCUGGACACAACUCAUCGAACACGAGUGCCCUUUAGUCCAGCGCACACUGAGUUUCUAAUGUACAGCUAUAGGAUAUUUGGAGUAUAGAGUUUGAUAUAAUCACCAACAACAGGUUGGUGGUCGUGGACCGUUUAGCAGAUAACUUUCAUACUAAUGAACACAGUUGAAAAAAACCUUCUGGUUUCCUGAAUUCAUACGUAAUUUCUGGCAUAUUUUGACAUUUUUAUCUUAAAAUAAUGACCUGUUUUCUCAGAAAUUGAGAGUUUGAGUUAUUAAUUCAGUUCCAGCAGAUAUGCACUGAAGAUAAAUACUGCUUUAUUUGCCUUUUCAGUUUUUGCUCUAAACAGGUUAUUAAGGAAAAUGAUACUGAUAAAGUGAAUCUGUUCAAAAGAAACAAACUGACAGUAAAUAAACACAGUUUAGAUAAAUAAACGUAGUAAAAUGGUCACAGACAGCAGAGAGCAGCUGGUCAGCACACUGAGCUUCAUUACUGUGAAUCAGUGUGAACACCGGCGUUGACAAAUCAACGGUCAGCCUUCAGCUGGUCAGUGGCAGGCGAGGGGAAGUGAGAGCAGGCAGACAGGAAGCUUGAAGUCAUUGUGUGGUCUUCCAAACUGCACUUUUAAAAGCGUGAAGGCCAGAAAUGUCCAGCGCUCCGACAGCGUCUGUCUUUAUUAACCAACAUCACAUUAGACUCAAAUGAUCAGCAUUAAACACAUUUAUCACAUUUUAGUUUAAACUCCAGCUGAGCAGAAACGCUGACCAGGCUGACCUGAAGAGUCUCAGAAAAGCAGGUUCUACAAGUCUCACUGUCCAUUAAACAAAAUAACGUUAGUGGACUUGGCCUGUAAGAUCCACCCAGUUCACAGUGAGGCUCACUCUUUAAAAACAUGGUUCUUUACGGAGCUUUCGGUAAAGAAAAAGGUUCUGUACAGAACCAUGAACACUCCAAGAACCCUAUGCAUGAUUAUCUGGUUUUUGCAUCACGAAGGUUUUCUUUAGACUAAUGGAGAAUGUGCUGUAGAUGGUUCUGUAUAGAACCUUUUUAAAAAGGGUUCUAUCUAGCACCAAGAAGGAUUAGGAAGUCUUUUAUAGAACCAUAUACAACAUCCAUCUGAAGGACCAUUUCAGCAAACAGAGAACCAUUUAAGUAUAAAUUUCUGACCAAUGGUUCUUUCAGUCUUCAUGCUGCUGUAUAGAACCACUCCCUUUACUGAAGAACCUUUGAAGAACCUUCUUUUUUAAGAGUGUAUGCUGUCAGUUCAGUCAUGUUUUCAGGUUCUAUCAGACCUGCAGCGGAGAGGUUCUUGGGACCUUGAUGCUCCACAGAGCUGAACAGAGGUUGGACUCUGGUGUCUCUUGUAGAAACUGUGAUAUUGUAGAUUAAAGACCAGGAUUAAGUGACCCUUGUUGGUCCCACAGUGGGGAAAUCUCACCUCUACAUUUAACCCAUCAGUGCAGUGAAACACCACAUACACACAAGUGAACACACACGCUUGCCCGGAGCGGUGGGCAGCCCUAUCCACGGCGCCCGAGGAGCAGUGGGGGGUUAGGUGUCUUGCUCAAGGGCACCUCAGUCAUGUGCUGUCGGCUCUGGGGUUUGAACAGGGCUGGCUCCCUGACCUCCGGCCCACGACUGCCUCACUAUUUUCACCGUUGAUCUGCUGAUCAGAUGAGUCUGUUCUGACCCGCGCAAGAGAAAACAGGCACUGUGUUCAUUUUCAUUAGUAUUAAAAUUAUUUAAAGUUGUUGGA